AUGUACGUAUAUAUAAAAGUUAUCGCAUGUCGCUGCUACAGAUACGCGCGAAGUGCCGCCAAUAUACAAUUCGCCGCGCGAUAUACUUCAGUGGAGUGCGUCAUGUUUCUCUGGUUGUUCUGUAUUGUGGUGUUGUUCAUCAUCUUCAGGUUCAGGAGGAGACACCUGUACAAAUUAGCUUCUGCGAUCCCCGGGAUGCAGAAAGAGUUACCUAUAAUAGGGGUAGCUCAUACCCUGAUAGGGAGUACUGAAGAUAUACUGAGCUCUUUGCAACAUUACAGUUAUGAAACUAUGGAGAAAAAUGGUAUUUUACACGGCUGGCUUGGCCAUAUACUUUAUUUUAUUGUCCAAGAUCCAGUCGACCUGGAGGUGAUACUGAAGACUUGUAUGGAGAAAGAUGACUUGCAUCGUUUCAUGAGAUGUGUCAUAGGAAACGGUGGAAUAUUUGCACCAGUUGCGAUUUGGAAAAAACGAAGGAAGAUCUUAAUUCCCGCUUUUAGUCCGAAAAUAGUGGAAAAUUUCGUGGACAUAUUUUCGGAGCAAAGUGAGCAUCUGGUAGGCAGGUUGGGUGAGUGUGUAGGCCGCGGGCAAGUUCGCAUGUGGCCCUACAUUAGUACCUAUACGCUGGAUGCUGUGUGCGAAACUGUAAUGGGAAUAAAAAUUAAAGCACAAGACAAUCCAAAGACUCCAUUUUUAAGUGCAAUGCAAGCGAUUCUGAAUUUGGUGUGUGAAAGGAUUUUUCACUUAUGGCUACAACCAGAGUGGCUUUACAAACUUUUCCCUAAAUACUCAAAAUAUAAGAAAUGUGUAAAAGUGUUGCAUGAUUUCACUAAUGAGGUGAUAUGUAAACGUAAAGAAGAACUAAAAAACAAGGAAACUUGUCCGCGAGAAACGGAUCAAAUGUUUGAUUUGGGGAACUACCAGAAUCAGUCCUUUCUUGAUCAUCUGAUUAGACUCUCUGGCGGUGAAAAGGGAUAUAACAAUACAGAAUUAAGAGAAGAAGUGCUCACUUUGACUAUCGCCGGCACAGACACGUCCGCAGUGGCCAUUGGGUACACACUGAAAUUGCUAGGAAUGUACCCAAAGAUUCAAGAUAAAGUAGUACAGGAAAUACAAGAAGUUUUUGGUGACUCGGAACGACCAUUGAUUAAAGACGAUUUAUUAAAAUUGAAAUACCUGGAAAGAGUGGUGAAAGAGUCACUUAGACUAUUUCCUCCUGUGCCAUUUAUUAUAAGAAAGGUUUUGCAGGACAUUACUUUACCUUCCGGAAAAAUCCUCCCAGCCGGCUCGGGCGUAGUAGUCAGUAUUUGGGGAAUCCACCGAGACCCCAAAUACUGGGGUCCAGACGCGGAAUGCUUCGACCCAGAUCGGUUCUCGCCAGAGCGCUUCAAGCUGCAGCACCCAUGCUGCUACAUGCCUUUUAGCAGUGGACCCAGGAACUGCCUAGGCUACCAGUACGCAUUGAUGUCAGUGAAGACUGCUCUAUCGACGAUACUUAGAAGAUAUAAAAUAGUUGUCGCGGCGGAAUCCGGACCUGUUCCUCAUAUCAAAUCCAAAAUUGACGUUAUGAUGAAGGCGACAGACGAUUACGAAGUGGUACUGGAGAAAAGGAAUUUA